UCUGCUCUCUGAUUGGCUAAGGCUAAAUACUCACAACUAAAGUAGCGCCCGCGUUUUUGUUUUGUUUUCCGGCUGCAGUCUGGUGGUUGUUGUGUUUUCCUCCAGAUGUAGUCUGGUGGUAGGAGGAUGAUAGCGGCGAAUGUAUCGAGUAGUCAUGGAGAAAAGCUGAGAAAGCCUCCAGUGAAGGUGCUGUCCAGCCAGCUGAGAGAGGGGAAGGGGAGCGCUGUGGGAGGCGGGAAGCCGGAGGUGACUAUCCGGAGGCUGGGCAGCAGGAGGCCGGGCAGCAGCGGCGGCAGCAGCGGGUCGUUAGCGGUGUCGGUGGUGUGGAUGCAGGGCACAGUGCUGGAAGCGCACACUGACCAAAACUCUGCACUGCUUCUGGACGAGACAGGCAACUUUCACAUCACCGGUGUCAACAACAUCCCGAGAGGAAAACCCUGCCUCAGCCCUGGGAAAUACGUGAUGGUUAUGGGCGUCAUCCAGUCACAUAGUCCCGAGCCAGUGCUUCGUGCAGUGAAGAUGGCAGACCUUUCAGAUAAUGCAGCCAUGCACAGGAAAAUGUGGAAGUAUGAAGUUGAAGACCUCCAACAAACUUUGCCAUAAUGAACUGUAAUAUUUGAUAGAACUUCAACACUAUGCUACGAUGGCAUGUUUUUAUUUCGGCAUUUCUGAAAGAAACAUCAAUACCAAUGUGUUGUUUUUUUUUUAAUAAUAUACUUCAUUUAUUAAUCUUGUGUGUGACAUUUAUAUUAGAUAUUGACAAUAAAAGAACAUGUAUAAAACUUUCAGAUUGAGUAAACAUAUUGCGUAACAAUGUGCCAAACACUUUUAUAAGAGGGAAGUGAAAAAGAGAGAGAAAAAUAAGUGUUUUGAAUAGAAGUGCUGCAAGACACUGAUUUAUCUUUACUUAUACACGA